AUGAGCAAGUUGGGUUUCAGUAACAGUUGGGUCUCCCUGAUCCUGAAAUGCAUCUCCUCAGUUUCCUACUGUAUCCUACUAAAUGGUGAGCCACAAGGUUUCUUCAUGCCCUCCCGAGGAUUAAGGCAAGGGGACCCCCUCUCCCCUUACCUUUUUCUCCUCUGUGUAGAAGUUUUGUCAUGCCUCUUACUCAAGGCAGAAAGGGAAGGAAGCAUCUCGAGUGUGCCAGUGGGCAGAGGUCCUGUCAAAGUAAACCACCUCUUUUUUGCUGAUGAUAGCUUAAUAUUCUGCAAAGCCAACUCCCUUGAGUGGAGUAGAGUAAUGAGGAUUUUAACCCAGUAUGAACUUGCAUCUGGCCAGAAGCUCAACAAGGAAAAAUCCUCAAUCUAUUUCAGCAAGAAUACACCAUCUGAGAACAAGAGCACCAUCCUGAAGAUAGCUGGAGUCAAUGCAACAGACUCAUUUGAGAAGUACCUCGGCCUUCCCACCAUGGUGGGGAGAACCAAGAUUGCAUCCUUCCACAAUUUAAUUGAUAGAGUUUGGACACGAGUGACAAAUUGGAAAACAAACUCUCUGUCAAUAGUUGGGAAAGAGAUCCUAGUUAAAUCAGUCCUACAAGCUAUCCCUACCUACACCAUGGAGGUUUUCCUCCUUCCUCAAUCUAUAAUAAAUAGAUUGGACCAGCUCCUAAGAAAAUUUUGGUGGGGGUUUAAUGAAGGAAGAGCCAAGAUCCAGUGGGUCAAGUGGGAUAAACUCAGCAAGCCUAAACUUCAAGGAGGUAUGGGUUUUAGGAAUUUCAAGAGCUUCAACCUGGCCCUACUUGCUAAACAAGGGUGGAACCUCCUCACAAAACCUGACUCUCUUCCAGCUCAGAUCAUCAAACAGAAGUAUUUUGCAAAAGGAAGCCUUUUGACAGCUAACAUGGGACUCAGACCUUCACUUGCCUGGAGGAGUCUAAAAGCUGGCCUGAACCUACUAAAGGAAGGUCUCAUAUGGAGGGUUGGGAAUGGGGCACAAGUCAAAAUAUGGGAGGAUAGAUGGCUGCCAAGACCUCAUAUUCUGACCUCUAACAACGGCAGGAGUCCAGUAGCAGAUGUCACUCGGGUGGAAGACUUAAUUGACCCUAAUCUAAGGAGAUGGGAUGUCAGAUUGCUAGCCAACCUCUUCUCACAGGAGUGUGUGGAGACUAUAAGAACCAUUCCCAUCAGGCUAGGUCACAGGGAGGAUAGAUUGAGCUGGGAGUGCACCUCAAAUGGUAUGUUCACUGUCAAGAGUGCAUCCCACCUCCAUCGUGCAUUACAACCCAGCCAUGAGAGUGGCCCCUCAGCUAGUCCCACUAGGGAGGGUUUUUGGAAAUCUCUGUGGAAGUUGCAAAGCAGUAAAAGCAAAGGCCCCCCAAAGUCUGACCAGCCCUGCCUCCUCACCUCAGACUUGGAGAAUCCACCCGAGGGGUAUUACAAGUUGAACUGGGAUGCAUCUCUCAAUACCAUAGAAGGCCUGGUUGGAGUUGGAGCCAUUAUUAAAGACAACUGUGGAAGGGUCAUGGGAACACUUAAAGCUCGAAGGGAAGUCACUCUAUCUCCUUAUGCUGCAGAGGCGUAUGCUUUGAUGUUGGUUGUCCUGUUUUGUAAAGAGUCUGGGAUCAAUGAGAUCAUGCUGGAAGAAGACUCUCUUCAGGUAGUCAAACAACUCAGGGAUCAAGAGGAAGACAGGAGGAUGGGAGGACUUAUAAUCAAGGACACAGUUUCUAUUUUAAGGUCCUUUGUUGCUUGGAGUGUGUGUCAUACUAAAAGGGAUGCUAAUGUGGCAGCACAUGUGCUGGCCAAGAAUGCCCUUUUGAGUGAAUUUGAUCAUUAUGAUCUAGAAGAUAUUCCUUGUUGUAUUAAGCAAGUUGUUGCUAGUGAUGCUUGUAACCUAUGA